AUGCGUUGCAACGUGGAACGAGCAUGCCGUAUCUGGAGUGCCGAAUUUGGAGUAGCGAAUAGUGAAGGUAUCACGAAGAUAGAUACGAGGUUCUUGGAUAUUAUAGAUGUGAUUUAUUGCGCAAUAUCUUGGUGCAAAGGCACGCUGGCUUACGUGCACUUGUCCUGCCUGGAACGAUGGCUGAAUCAGUCGUGCCGAACGUACUGCGAAUUGUGCCGGUACUACUUCAAUGCCGUGGAGACGCCUCGUUAUCGAUGGUCGGAAGCUAUUUGCAAAAGGGGAAUGCAAUUUGGUGAAUCAGUUUAUAAAAUUAAAGAUAAAUAUAGAGGAGACCGGGGUCAGUUGACUAUAAGGUUGAUAAUUUCACGCUCGUACUACCCACUGAACUCUAGCAAGACUCAGCAAGAUUGCCAAACUACAACACAUUGGUAGAGACGCGUAACGUGUUCCUGUUUACAGAAAGUUAUCGACGUGAAUACCGUUGCCAAAUUGCGCAUAAUCCGGAAUAAUACAAAUGAAACUGUCUAUGUCUGAAUAUUACGCGACCUUUUACGGUCACGAAGACGUCGCCACGUGUCCUUCCAAGACGAGACCUGGAGAAAGAUGAAUGAAGAUUCGGGUAACGAACACGAUAGGUAAUUCGCACGCAACAGAUGAGAAAAAGGAUGCCACUAAAAAUAUUCACAUUGCAAUGUUUUAAUUGCUCUCUGACUGUAUGUUUCCUGGUGCAGAAGAACGAUAACAGGAACUACGGCAACAGGAGGUUGUGUCGCCUCCGGCUGAAAUAAAAGCUUUACGCUUGUGGAAGCUCGGGAACGAGCGGCGUUCGUCGUUUCGGAAAAAUAAAGUAACACUUUGAACACUUACGACGUUAUGGCGAAUUCACAGAUAUCCGACAAUAAGGACUUCUAAGCGGUAACAUCUACAGCAUAUAUACAUAAGAUGAAAAUUUUUCUAUGUAUCUACAAAUUUCCAGAGCGUUACUGCACCUUGAAAAAU